AUGGCCGGACCGAAAGCACUCAUUGCUCUGACGGCACUCGUAGCCGUUGCUACUGCCUACCCCGGCAUGGGACGGGGCGGCGCCGGAACGAGCCACGGAGAUAUGAUGGCGCAUCUCGCUAGCCGAGAGGGUGCCGCAGACAACCAAAAUCUCGGUGAUCUCCUCAAGAUUCCCGACGGAUCCUUGUCCGACGUCGGCAAGGAUGUCAAGGGCAUCCUCACGGGCUCCGGAUCGCCAACCACGUCCGAUGCCGCGAGCGGCAAUCUCCCUGAUCUCGGCAGCUCUGACUGCAACGCGGAUAAGUGCUGCGUGUGGCAACAUGUCGCUGCCGACCUGAUGCCCACCUUCCGUGACGAUAACGGCUGCACUGACCCUGCCCGCGCCGCCAUCCGCCUCGGGUUCCAUGAUGCUGCUGGGUGGAGCUUGAACACCGGCGACCUCGGCGGUGCCGAUGGUUCCAUCGUCCUCGCUCCCGAGGAAAUCGGGCGCCCUCUCAACAAGGGCUUAGAGGAGAUCGUAUCGCAGAUGAAGACGUGGUUCGACAAGUACAAGGACCACGGUGCCGGUAUGGCAGACUUGAUCCAGUUCGCCGCCAACGCUGCGACGGUGGCAUGCCCUGGCGGACCGAGAAUCAAGACUUUCGUCGGCCGCAAGGACUCUUCCGUGGCUGCUCCCGAUGGUUUGCUUCCGGACCCGAAGGACCCUGCCGACAAGUUGAUCGAGCUGUUUGGCAACAAGACCAUCACCGCCCCUGGUCUCGCUGCCCUCGUCGGUGCGCACACUGCCAGUCGUCAACGCUUCUUCGACACAUCCAAGGUCAACGCCCCGCAGGAUACCACGCCCAAUGUCUGGGAUGUUGACUUCUACGGACAAACUUUGGCUGGAGCUCCUGCCGAGGUUGUGACCUUCCCUAGUGACACGGUUCUGUCCAAGGAUCCCCGUUCGGGCCCAGCCUUCCAGGCCUUCGCUAAUAAUGCACCUCUUUGGGGUGGAGCAUAUGCCAAGCAGUACCUCCGUUUGAGUCUCCUUGGUGUCUUUAACAUCAACGACUUGACUGAUUGCAGCAAGGCGCUCCCCGCCGGCACCGGUGUUAAAAGAUAG